UCGGCUGUUUGUAUCUGGCCGGAUGGUUUUUGCUGGGAGUUGCAGUGAUCAUGUGACUCGCCCGCUGUAAACAGGCGGUUUUCUAAAGCAGGAUUUAUUAUAUUUAUAUAUUAAAGCAUCAGCUUGUGCUGUUAUAUAACUAUAUUUAUAGUUGGGUAUCAGACAGACUGCAGUAUGUUGCUGGUUUUAUCUGACGAGCAUAAGGAACAUCUGGGCUUUUUGCCUAAAGUGGACCCGGCGGUGGUUGGGGAGUUUGGAAGGAUUGCUGUGGAGUUUUUAAAGAAGGGUUCAAAUCCUAAAAUCUACGAAGGAGCAGCAAGAAAGCUAAAUGUGCCCUCAGAGACGGUUCAGCGUGGAGUUGAAGGUUUGAUGUAUCUUCUCACUGAAAGUUCAAAGCUUAUGAUCUCUGAAAUCGAUUUCCAGGACUCUGUAUUGGUAUUGGGAUUUUCUGAGGAGCUUAAUAAACUCCUGCUACAACUGUAUCUGGAAAACAGGAAAGAGGUUCGUCAGAUUCUGAGUGAGCUCGCGCCCUCACUGCCUCACUAUCGCAACCUUGAGUGGAGGUUUGACGUACAGCUGGGGAGCAGAGCUCUUAGACAGCAUGUGAAACCUGCAAUUUGCCUAAAGCUCCAUCUGGAGAGUGGAGGAACACAGACGGCCCGUGUUCUGCAGACAGACCCGGCCACACUGCUGCAUCUCAUCCAGGAGCUGGAGUGUGCACUCGCUGAAGUCAAAAGCAACCACUGCCGCAGAAUCCUCCGCAAUAUUAAAUAGUGCAGUGCAGUGGCACUAAAGACAGUGGCCACUAAAUGGUGCAGAAUGAGGCAAUAUUCCCGAGUUAAGGUUCUCAGCUACCUCUGCACUGAUUUAACUGGUCAUGUUUGCUAUUAAAUAUGUUUAUAAUCUGAUUACUGCAGUUAUCUGAUUAUUCAAGUAGUCAGUCAUGUUAACAGCAUACUCCAAUUUCCUUGUCUAAAUACCUGAUUUAAAAAAUCUGAUCAAGGGAGCUGGACUUUAGCUCAAUAAUCAGAUUUUUCAGAGCAAAUAUACUGUUAAUGGGAAUAUAUAUACUGGGAUUUCUCAGUUUGUGCAUAAGUGAAACCAGAUCAUGAUCAAAAAUUAGCAAGCAGCAUUUAACCCAGCACCCACAAGAGUUCCAAAGCAGAUAUCAGAUUAUUGCCCAAAUCAGUCUCUGAUUAUUCAAAUUCAUGUAAAAUCAUUGGUCAGAUUACUGUCAAAAUCUGAUGUUCUUCAGUAACUGGAUUAGGAAGUGAAUUUAAAUGCACUUACUGAUAUUUGUACUGAGAUGUUUUGGUGAAGCCCAGCCCUAAAAAUGUUAUAUCAUUUGGCUAAAAUUGAAAAAAUAAAAACAAAAUGUGUGAUGUAGAGGUACUUGGUGAAACUCGGGAGCACUUGGUAAUAUUUACUCUAUAGAUUGGCAACUACUUAACAAAUUCAUGCAGAAUUUAUUUUUUUUUAAUCUAAGAUAAACGUUCGGAAAUUCGGUUCAUCAGUAGAUUUAGUUCCCUUUAGGAACACACAAACCUUGAAAAUGUAAGAGAGUAAUGAGCCUUAAGUCUUAAAACAUAAGCCUUAUAUUUACGUUUUAAGUAAUUAGAUUGCAGUUAUUUGUUCUGUGUAUGAUUUUGUCAUUGUUUUUUUUUUGUUUUUUUUUUUCAGUGAGGAUUAAUUUUUGGUAAAUGUUUUAUUAUUUUGGGACCAGUCCUGUAAUGGGCCUAAUCUAAUCUAAUCUGACCAUCUAAAAUGAAGAAAUGAUAAAUGUUUGUUCGUUCAUGCAUACUGUUUUCAUCUGCACUGUAUUUAGUGUUUACUGCAUUAACAACAAUGUGCUGUAUUAUUUCUUAUUAAUUGUAUUUUAGAAAUAAAAUAAUGUUUUAUUGUA